UUAGUUUCUUUUCAUAGAAUCUUACAUGAUUACUUGGACAUUUUUAUUAUUAAUCUUAUACAGGUAGGGCGUAUUCCAUUCAAUCAGCAAAUCACAAAUUUUGAGAGCACAGUUAACCAAAUCAGAAGCAAUCUUGGAGUAUCAGAUGUAGGAGAGGCAUUAGCCAAAUCUAUUUUCUUUGUUGGAAUGGGAAGCAAUGACUACCUUAAUAAUUACCUUAUGCCUAAUUACAAUACAAAGAAUCAAUAUAAUGCUCAAGAAUUUGCCAGUCUCUUGGUUCAGCAGUAUAAUCAACAACUUAUGAGAUUAUAUAAUCUUGGAGCUAGAAAAUUUGUGAUUGGUGGAGUUGGACUAAUGGGGUGUAUUCCAAGUAUUCUAGCACAAAGUCAAAAUGGUGCUUGUUCAGAUGAAGUCAAUCAACUUGUUCUUCCAUUCCAUAACAAUGUUAGAUCAAUGCUUAACAACUUUAAUACCAAUCUUCCUGGUUCCAAAUUUGUUUAUAUUGACAUCAGGAAUAUGUUCCAAGAUCUCCUUACCAAUUAUAGACAAUAUGGAUUUAGUGAAAUAAAUAAUGGAUGCUGUGGAGUAGGGAGAAAUAGAGGGCAAAUAACAUGUCUACCAUUCCAAACACCAUGUCAAAAUAGGGAACAAUUCAUAUUUUGGGAUGCAUUUCAUCCAACUGAGGCAGUUAACAUCUUGUUUGGGAGGAAGGCUUUCAGUGGUGGUUCUGAUGUUGUUUAUCCCAUCAAUAUUCAGCAACUUGCCAGUCUUUGAGAUUUCUCUUUUUAUCUAUGAAAAAUCAUGGAAGAAAUUAACUUGAAUUUCUUCAGCUUCUCAUUUAUUUGAAGUGAACUUAGUUUUCUUUUUUCUAGUUAAUUUUUUUCUUUUGGAUAUUUUGCUAUAUUUAGUAGAGAAUAUAAUCUUAUUCUGCAAGUGUUUGAAGACUGGAGAACCAUGAAGCAGUUGCUGAUAUAUUAGGAAUGCGUUAGAAUCUAUAAUUUUUACUACUUGUGUCUGCUUCUAUUACUUUUAUCUUGAGCCGGGGGUCGAUCGGAAAUAACCACUCUACCUUUACAAGGUAGGGGUAAGAUUUAUGUA